CACCAUGACAGCGUUUGGCUUCUCGGACGUGGAGGCGUUUUUGGACUGCCACCCGGACCUUUUCGAGGACUAUCUCGUUCGGAGAGCGAAGUGUGACCAGGUGAGCAGGUGGUUGAGGGAGCACCAGCCGUCGAAAGCGUCCAGCCCCGCGGAGGAGAAGCGGGGCGCAGCCCUGGACCCGCUGUGGCCCGGCGGCGCCGACGCGCUCCGGCGCAGGGCGUCUCACAUGGAGCUGCGGCGCAACUUUGCGCGCUCCAAAGCCUCCACGGCGUACCGCACAUACGACGAGCACGUCAGCCUGAGCGAGCACGAGUCUCAGUCCAGCAUGAGGCGCCGUGCUCUCCUCCGCAAAGCCAGCUCCCUGCCUCCCACCACCGCGCACAUCCUGAGCGCGCUGCUGGAGUCCAGGGUCAGCGUGCCUCAGUACGCGUCCUGCGCCAUCGACUACAAAUACAGACUCAGGGAGACCAACGAGAGGGAGUUUUUCCUGGAGUUAGUCAAAGACAUCUCCAACGAUCUCGACCUGACCAACCUGAGCUAUAAAAUCCUGAUCAACGUGUGCAUCCUCGUGGACGCGGACAGGUGUUCGCUGUUCCUCGUUGAAGGACCCGCUCACAAGAGGACGCUGGUGUCCAAGUUCUUUGACGUGCACUCGGGCACCACGGUUAGACCCUCGUCCAGCACCCUGCACUCCAGUGAAGUGCAAGUGCCGUGGGGGAAAGGCAUCAUUGGAUAUGUGGCCGAGCAUGGAGAGACUGUAAACAUAUCAAACGCAUAUGAGGACCACCGCUUCAGUGAUGAAAUAGACAAGUUAACCGGCUACAAGACGCAGACCAUCCUCUGCAUGGCCAUCUGCAACAGUGAUGGAGAAGUCAUUGGUGUGGUGCAAGCAAUUAACAAAAAUCCAAUGGGCACUCCUUUUACUGAGGAUGACGAGAAGGUGCUCCAGAUGUAUCUACCCUUUUGUGGAAUAUCGAUUUCCAAUGCUAAGUUGUUUUCGGAGUCCCGCAAGGAAUAUGAAAGAAGUAGGACUUUGUUGGAGGUUGUCAACGACUUGUUUGAAGAGCAAACCGACCUUGAGAAGAUUGUCAGAAAGAUCAUGCAACGAGCGCUUACACUGCUGCAGUGUGAGCGCUGCUCUGUGCUUCUUUUAGAGGACAUCGACUCACCUGUUGUGAAGUUCUCCAAGACGUUUGAGCUCAUGUCGCCCUUGUGCAACAUGGACAGAGACAUCAGCAUGGAGAAGUUGUCGUGCUCUGACUGGCUGAUCAAUAACAGCAUUGCUGAGCUGGUGGCAUCUACAGGACUGCCUGUCAACAUCAGCGAUGUGUGUCACGACCCACGCUUUGAUGCAGAGGCAGAUCAAGCCUCUGGGUUUCACAUCAGGUCGGUGUUAUGCGUCCCUAUUUGGAAUCGAACUCAUCAGAUAAUUGGUGUUGCACAAAUUCUGAACCGCCUGGACAGAAAGACAUUCAGUGAUGCAGAUCAGAGACUGUUUGAGGCAUUUGUGAUAUUCUGUGGGCUUGGAAUCAACAACACUAUGAUGUACAAUCAAGUGAAGAAGACAUGGGCCAAGCAGUCAGUGGCUCUGGAUAUGUUGUCUUACCAUGCAACCUGCUCUAAAGUAGAAGUUGACAGACUUAAGGCUGCCAAGAUCCCCCUGAGCAAUGAGCUCAGCAUCGAUGAAUUCCACUUUAACGACUUCUCCCUGGACAAUGACGCCAUGAUCACUGCAUCGCUAAGGAUGUUUCUGGAACUUGGCGUUGUCCAAAAGUUUAAAAUUGACUACGAGGUUUUGUGCCGCUGGCUUCUGACCGUGAGGAAGAACUAUCGAACUGUGGCGUAUCAUAACUGGAGACAUGCUUUUAAUGUGUCACAGUGCAUGUUCGCUAUGAUCACAACAGCCAGUUUCCAGGAUGUCCUAACAGAUGCAGAGAUGCUGGCGCUGAUGGUGGGCUGUUUGUGCCAUGACUUGGACCACCGAGGCACUAACAACGCAUUCCAAGCCAAGACCGGCUCUGCUCUGGCUCUGCUUUACGGGACGUCAGCCACACUGGAGCAUCAUCACUUCAAUCACGCAGUCAUGAUCCUGCAGAGUGAGGGUCACAAUAUCUUUGCAAACCUCAGCUCUAAAGAGUACAGCAACAUGAUGCAGCUGCUGAAGCAGGCCAUUCUCUCCACAGAUCUUACCUUGCACUUUGAGCGCAGACCCAAGUUCUUUGACUAUGUCCUGUGUGGAGAUUUCAGCUGGACGGAUGAAGGACACAGAGAAGCCUUGAGGUCCAUGCUGAUGACAGCAUGUGAUCUGGGGGCUGUCACUCGUCCUUGGAAGAUAUCGAAACAGGUUGCAGAGCUGGUGACGAGUGAAUUCUUUGAACAGGGCGACAGGGAGAGGUCUGAGCUUAAGCUAACCCCAGCAGCCAUCUUUGACCGUAAUCGCAAAGAUGAACUACCUGCCUUACAGCUAGAAUGGAUUGAUGGAAUCUGUAAACCACUUUACCAGGCACUGCUGAAGCUCAACAAGAAGUUACAGCCAAUGGUGGACGGGAUCAAUGCAAAUCGAGAGAAGUGGCAGGAAUUAUGCUCAUCCUGUCACCAGACACACAGAGCCUCCAUGUCCAGUCAGAAUACUGACCCAGGUCAUGAAAUGAAGUCCGGCACCAAUGAAGAAACCAGUGACCAUCUGGAGUGCACAGAAAAAGUGAAGCCAUUAAAAAACACCAUGUUUGGGUUAAAGUCAGACCACGAUGAGGAUCUAAGGUGCAGAGCAAACAAAGACUCCUCUGAUGAUAAAGCAGCAUCAUCUGGCAACAUAACACCUACAGAAAAGCAGGCUUUAAAGUAG